AUGGCUUUGCCUCAACUAUUGCAUUCUUCUUCUUCAAUAAUUUCCCACAAAUCUCUCUUUAAUCCUUCUAAUUACCUUUUAAACCAAAACCCAGAUAAAUUUUUUACUACUACUCACUCAUGCUCUCAUCGCCGCCGUCAGCGGCGGAAACCCAACUCCCUUCGCUGCUCAGCUUCUUCAUUUUCUGAAAAACACCACACUAACUCCCCGAAAUCUGAUGAUGUAGUGGAGUUGCCUCUGUUUCCCCUUCCACUUGUUCUUUUUCCAGGGGCUAUACUCCCUCUACAGAUUUUCGAGUUCCGGUACCGCAUAAUGAUGCACACCCUCCUCCAGACUGACCUCCGGUUCGGAGUAAUCUACACUGACUCCACUACUGGCACGGUGGAAGUGGGCUGCGUGGGGGAGGUUAUUAAGCACGAGCGCCUUGUGGAUGAUCGAUUCUUUUUAAUAUGUAAAGGGCAGGAGCGUUUCCGUGUGACCAAAUUUGUGCGAACUAAACCUUAUUUAGUGGCGGAGGUGGUUUGGCUUGAGGACCGCCCCUCGGGGAAUGGCGAGGUGGAGGACUUAGAUGCCUUGGCGAACGAGGUGGAAAUGUACAUGAAGGAUGUGAUUAGAUUAUCCAAUAGGUUGAAUGGAAAGCCUGAAAAGGAGGUUCAGGACUUGCGGAGGAAUCUUUUCCCUACUCCCUUUUCGUUCUUCGUGGGGAGUACUUUUGAGGGAGCACCCAGAGAGCAGCAGGCAUUGCUGGAGUUGGAGGAUACUGCGACGAGGUUGAAGAGGGAGAAGGAGACACUGAGAAAUACGUUAAAUUACUUGACAGCCGCCUCUGCUGUUAAAGACGUAUUUCCUUCCUCGUAA